AUGUCAGGUAUCGUCGACUGGAAUCUGCCGCUUCUACCGAGCACGAUGGGACUGCAGCAGCUGCUGCAGCCAGCGCCGGCGGCGAGCGAGGACAAGGAGAAGGGGAGGGGUGCCGCCGGGAGGAACAAGAAGGUCAUCAGGCCGAGGUUUGCUUUCCAAACGAGGAGUCCCAACGACAUCCUCGACGACGGCUAUCGUUGGCGGAAGUACGGCCAGAAAGCGGUCAAGAACAGCGUCCAUCCCAGAAGCUACUACCGGUGCACUCACCACACAUGCAACGUGAAGAAGCAAGUCCAACGUCUGUCCAAGGAUACGAGCAUCGUUGUGACCACAUACGAAGGGAUCCACAACCAUCCAUGCGAGAAGCUAAUGGAGGCUCUGAGCCCCCUCCUUAAGCAGAUUCAGUUCCUCACUGGAUUCUGA